AUGCAAUCGCCCAGUCCUGGCGUACUGACGCACCAGAGUGAGUCCAUCGAAAUGCCAAUCAUUGUUCCAGCCACGACAGACUAUUCAAAUGGCAACCCUUUAGUGGAGGAUGAGGUUCCUGACCAUGCGACAAGCGCCAUUCCCGAUGGUGGCUAUGGCUGGACCAUAGUAGCUUCCUGCUUCAUUCUUCUAUUCUGGAUCAAUGGUUACACUACAGCUUGGGGUGUCUUGCAAGCAGCCAUUGUUCAAUCACCUCGGUUGCAUACAAACAUCCGCACCAUCACCUUCGUUGGCAGCUUAUACAUGGCAUGCAUGGUUGCUUUUGGCUUGGCCUCGGUCAGAUUAUCAAGGCAAUUCGGCAUCCGACUCACUAGUCUGACAGCGACUAUACUCUUCGGCGCCGGCUUAAUCAUCACCAGUUUUACUCUAGAGCAUCUCGCAGGCUUGUUCUGUGUAGCUGGACUACUUGUUGGCCUGUCAACAUCGCUGUUGUACACAGCUACGAACACGCUACCCGUGCAAUGGUUCAGCAGCAAACUCGGCACAGCAAACGGAAUAGUCAAAGCAGGAGGUGGUGUGGGGGCCACAGUCCUCCCGUUGGCGACCCAAGCCAUGAUCAGCAAAGUCGGACUGCAAUGGACUUUUAGAAUUCUUGGUUUCUCUAUCCUGGCAACAGGAAUUCCCUCCGCAUUGUUCCUGAAGGACUUUGUUCGCAACAGCUCGACGUCUCGAUUUGACUGGUCACAAUUGAAGAGCAUGUCUUUCCUCACACUGGCUAUGGCGGGAGCUGUUGGAGUGUUCGCCCUGUUCGUUCCUCCAUUUUUUCUACCUGUCUUUGCUAGAUCCAUCGGCCUAUCUGCCUCAACAGGUGCUGGAUUAGUAGCAGGAUUCGGUGCAUCGACAGCAGUUGGACGAUUUGCUGGAGGCUGGAUUUGUGAUAAGAUUGGCGCUUUCAAUGCGUUGGCUCUGGCAGCUUCGAUCAACAGCGUGUCUAUGCUAGCCAUCUGGCCUGUCAGCUCGUCGUUGCCGCCACUUUUUGUCUUUGCAAUCAUCAACGGUUGUGCAAAUGGGAGCUUUUUCGUGGCAUUGCCGACAGCAGUGGCGACACUUGCUCCAGGAUCCGCAGCAGCAUCAAUUAGCUUGAUGACCUCUUUCUGGACUCCUGGAUACUUGAUGGGUGCGCCUAUUGCUGGUAUUCUGAUUGACUCACAGCACGCAUCAGAAGCAUCUUCUAUUGAGCCGUACAGAGCGGCUAUUUUCUAUGCAGCAGGUGUUGGAUCUCUUGCUACUUUGCUUGUUAUAGUUUCUCGAAUGACUCUAAGUGGGAAGUUGAUCAAAAGGUUGUAG